UCCGCGCGCCUCCUCCACUGCCUGAGCGCACGAGCUCUGAGUGAGUAUUGUGGAUAGUCUCUGCAUGCGUGGAAUCGUGCUCACGAGGAUUUCGGAUGUGUAAGGAAAUGUAGGGGCUACUACAACACAAGCCGGAUUUAUCUCCAUGCGAAGAUAUGCCUACAUACUCUUUUUGCCAACACAACCUGGAGAUCAUUUAGACGCAACUUUGGAGCGGCGGCUUUCGCCCGCUUUAUCUGUGUUUCAGUGAGGAGUGCACUGCAAACAUGCAGAACCACGUGACUUCACUGCUGGUGGUUCUGCUGCUCCUGUGCGGCUGCAUUGGGAUCCAAAGCCUCGACUCUGCGCCCAUCCCUCUGUUUACCCAGUCUGUUUACAAUGCAACCAUUUAUGAGAACUCUGCUGCUAAGACCUAUCUGGAAAGUCCUGUCAAAAUGGGAAUCUACAUCACAGACCCUACCUGGGAAAUACGGUACAAAAUCGUGUUGGGAGACAAUGAGAACCUGUUCAAAGCAGAGGACUUUCAAUUGGGAGACUUUAGUUUUUUGCGAAUAAGGACCAAAGGAGGUAGCAGUGCUAUUCUUAACCGGGAGGUUAGAGACCACUAUAUUCUCACAGUCAAAGCCAUGGAAAAGAAUUCAAAUGCUGAGGCUCGAACACAAGUCAGGAUUCAGGUACUGGACACAAAUGAUCUUCGGCCACUGUUUUCUCCAACUGCUUAUAGCAUAUCUAUACCGGAAAACACAGCUAUUCGCACAAGCGUAGCCAAAGUGAUGGCGACGGAUGCGGAUAUUGGUACGAACGGAGAGUACUACUACAGCUUCAGAGAAUGGACGGAAAUGUUUUCGGUCCACCCCACAAGUGGUGUAGUUGCGCUUACUGGAAAGCUGGACUACUCUGAGACAAAGCAGUAUGAAUUAGAGAUUUUAGCAGUGGAUCGAGGCACGAAGCUGUAUGGUAGCAGUGGAUUUAGCAGCAUGGCUAAGUUAACGGUACGAGUGGAGCAGGCCAACGAGCACGCACCGGUCAUCACUGCUGUAACCCUAGCACCCUCAGACACGGACAAAGACCCGACUUAUGCUGUUGUGACUGUCGAAGACAAUGACCAAGGUGCUAACGGUGAGAUAGCAUCUCUCAGCGUGGUUGCUGGAGACCCUCUUCAGCAGUUUAAAGCCAUGCGGACAAGUCCAGGCAGUAAGGAAUAUAAAAUCCAUGCAGUUAAGCAGGUUGACUGGGAUAGUCAGCCCUUUGGAUACAACCUAACACUGCAAGCCAAAGACAAAGGAAGUCCACCCCAGUUUUCAUCUGCAAAGGUCAUCCAUGUCACGUCCCCUCACUUUAAAGUAGGGCCUUCUAAGUUCAAUCAAGCUAUUUACAGAGUCAAUGUGAGUGAAUUUGCACCACUGCACACACCUGUUGUAAUGGUAACAGCUGUGCCAAAGUAUCCUCAGCUUAAGUAUGCAUUUAGACACAAAUUGGAUAAAAAUCAUUUUGCCAUUAAUGCAGAUUCAGGCUUGAUCACAACAGCUGGGCCCCUUCAUGCAGACUCAGUGAACAAGUAUGAAUUAGAAGUUAUGACCAGCGACAAAAAAGCAGCUGCAAAAGUAAUUAUCAAUGUGAUCGACGUGAACAACAACUCCCCAGAAUUCAAACAGACAUCUUACAAAGCUAGCAUUGAUGAAAAUAUGCCCAUAGGUACUAGUGUACUAACAGUGAAAGCCACUGAUUUAGACAGUGGGGAAAAUGGAUAUGUCACUUACAGCAUUGCCAAUGUGAAUCCCCAGCCAUUUGUCAUUGACUACUUCUCUGGUGUCAUCAGUAGUUCAGAGAUUUUGGAUUAUGAACUGAUGCCAAGGAUUUAUACCUUGCAAUUGCGGGCUUCAGACUGGGGUUCCCCUUUUCGACGUGAGGUGGAAACUCAGGUUACAGUCACACUUAACAACUUAAAUGACAACAAGCCACUUUUUGAGAAUGUGGAUUGUGACAUAACUGUGCCAAGAGACCUUGGCCUUGGUGAACAGAUCACAACGGUGUCUGCUAUUGAUGCUGAUGAGUUGCAGUUGGUGAGGUACAGAAUGAAAGCGGGGAAUGACUUGAAUCUUUUUGAAAUUAAUCCAAACUCAGGCAUUCUGUCUUUAAAGCAGCCUUUGAGUGAGGGCGAGGCAGCAAAAGUGUCCUAUCACAGCUUGCAGAUCAUAGCCAGUGAUGGAGAACAAGAAACUCAGCCCAUGUUUUUGAACAUUACGGUCGUUACGGCGCAUAAACCAGUCCAAGUGAAAUGUGUUGAUACUGGAGUUGCCAGCAUGCUGGCAGAAAAGCUGCUGCAAGGAAGCAAGAUCCACAGCCAAAGCGAACCUGAAGACCACUUCCAAGACUUUCACUCCGUGAAUCGCGUUGCGCCCCAGUUUGCAGAAUCAUUUCCCAGUGUGAUUGAGGUCAAGGAAGAUUUGCCUGUCGGGGCCAGGAUUGUCCAUCUUAGUGCCACGGAUUCUGACAGCGGUUUUAAUGGAAAACUUGUUUACGUUAUCUCUGGGGGUGAUGCUGAGAGUCGUUUCGUACUUGACAUGGAUAGCGGAUGGCUCAAAGUGUACGCACCUCUUGACAGAGAAACAACCGAUCACUACACAUUGAACAUUACAGUGUAUGACCUUGGAAUACCCCAGAAGUCAUCUUCACGUCUGCUGGAUGUAAAGAUCCUGGAUGCUAAUGACAACAGCCCACAGUUUUUACAGGACACAUACUCUGUGGAGAUCAGCGAGGGCACUGCGGUGGGCACAGAGAUCAUUCAAGUUGAAGCAAAAGAUAAAGAUCUUGGCGAUAAUGGCGUGGUCAGAUACUCCAUAUUGGCAGACACAGAUCAAUUUUCUAUUGAUACAGAAACUGGGAUCGUUACGGUGAAGAAGCCUCUAGACCAUGAAGUGCAGCCCAGUUUUGUGCUCAAGAUAGCAGCUCGUGAUCAGGCCGCUGCUGAACCUCAACUUGUCUCGACUGUGUUGCUUAAAAUCACACUGGAGGAUGUAAAUGACAACCCCCCAAAAUUUGUUCCUCCAAACUAUCAGGUGAGAGUACGUGAGGAUCUACCCAUUGGUACUGUUAUAAUGUGGCUGGAAGCUCACGACCCUGAUGUUGGGCCAUCUAGCCAGGUACGAUACAGCCUCAUUGACAAUGGGGAUGGGAAAUUUGAAGUAGACAAAUUGAGUGGUGCCGUACGAAUCGUGCAGAAUCUGGAUUAUGAGAAAAAGCAAGUGUACAGUCUCACAGCAAGGGUGAAGGACAAAGGCAAGCCGAUAUCUUUGUCCUCGAGUUGUCACAUUGAGGUGGAGGUUGUGAACGUGAAUGAGAAUCUGUACAGGCCAUUGUUCCCAUCAUUUGUGGAUAAGGGAUUUAUAAAAGAGGAUGUGCCCAUUGGAACAUCAGUGAUGAAAAUCACAGCUCAGGAUGAGGAUAAAGGAAGAGAUGGAGAAAUCAGUUACUCCAUUCGGGAUGGGUCGGGUCUGGGGAUCUUUACUAUCGAUGAAGAAACUGGUGUGAUCCGAACACAGGAACUGCUGGACCAUGAGACCGUACCUCACUACUGGCUGACAGUCUACGCCACUGACCGUGGUGUGGUCCCACUGUCUUCCUUCGUGGAGGUCUACAUCGAAGUCCAGGAUGUCAAUGAUAAUGCCCCACAGACCUCUGAACCUGUCUAUUAUCCGUCCGUCAUGGAGAACUCACCUAAAGAUGUCUCCAUCAUCCAGAUUGAGGCGUUUGACCCAGACACCAAGUCCAGUGAAAAGCUGUCCUACAAGAUCACUAGCGGGAACCCCCAGGGUUUCUUCAGCAUCAACCCUAAGACUGGUUUGGUCACCACCACGUCUCGGAAGCUGGAUAGAGAACAACAGGAUGAACAUAUUCUGGAGAUCACAGUAUCUGAUCAGGGCAUUCCUGUGAAGUCCGCUACCGUCCGUGUCAUCGUCAAAGUCCUGGAUGAGAAUGACAACAAACCACAGUUUAUGGAGAAAGUCUACAAAAUCAAACUCCCAGAGCGUGAAAAGCCGGAGAAAGAGCGUGCCCUCAGGAGAGAUCCUGUGUACCGCGUCAUCGCAUCAGAUCGAGACGAAGGGCCAAACGCUGAGAUUUCCUACAGCAUCGAGGACGGAGACGAACAGGGAAAGUUUUUCAUUGAGCCCAAAACUGGCAUGGUUUCCUUUAAGAAGUUUUCUUCUGCUGGAGAUUAUGAUAUCUUAACGAUUAAAGCAGUAGAUAAUGGCCGACCCCAGAAAUCGUCCACCUGCCGUCUACACAUCGAAUGGAUCCCCAAGCCGGAGCCGAGCGAGCUCCCUCUGGCAUUUGACGAGCCAUUUUACUCCUUUUCUGUCAUGGAGAGUGACCCCGUGGCACACAUGGUCGGGGUCAUCACUACAGAGUCUGUGGAUACACCAGUCUGGUUUGAAAUAACAGAGGACAUGGCGGCUAAAGAGCUGUUUUACAUCGUUCAGAUGGCUUGCGACCUGAACUGCACCGCAGAAGGUGGUAAUUCUGACAGUCGAUUUGAGGUGGGGAAGGCGAGUGGGACGGUGAUUGUGGCCCAAGCACUGGACGCAGAGCAGAAAUCCCAUUACAACCUAACGGUGGACGCAACAGAUGGCACCAGAUCUGUCAGCACGCAGGUUCUUAUUAAAGUGAUCGACACCAACAAUCAUCGUCCCCAGUUCUCUAAGUCUAAGUAUGAAGUGAAUGUCCCUGAAGAUACCUCACCUGACACAGAGGUGUUACAGAUUACAGCUUCAGACCAGGAUGAGAAGAACAAGCUAACCUACACCCUCCUCAGCAGCACUGACCCAUUCAGUCUACGCAAGUUCAGACUAGAUCCUGGAACUGGGGUGUUGUACACUGCAGAGAAACUAGACCACGAAACCAUGCACCAACAUACUCUAACUUUCAUGGUACGAGAUCAGGACAUUCCUGUGAAGCGGAACCUGGUGCGUGUGAUUGUAAAUGUGCAGGACACCAAUGACAAUGCACCUUGGUUCAAUGGUUCACCGUAUGUGGCCCGUGUGUUUGAGUCUGCUGCAAUCGGCUCUGCAGUGCUUCAGGUCUCUGCUCUUGACAAAGACAAAGGGCAGAAUGCUGAGAUCAUCUAUAACAUUGAGUCAGGAAACGUGGGCAAUUCAUUUGCUAUUGAUCCUAUCCUGGGCACCAUCACUGUGGCAAAGGAGCUGGACCGUAGCAACAAGAACCGAUUUGAGCUAACUGUGAAAGCUUCUGACAAAGGCACACCACCACUUAGUGCUACUGCUUCUGUUGAAAUAACUGUCACUAUUUCCGACAAUGCCAUCCCUAAAUUUGCAGGGAAGGAGUUUUCUGCUGAAGUCAGCGAAACCGCUCUGCCUGGAGCUUUUGUGAGUCUGGUGACCGCCAACAGCCAAUCAUCAGUGUUCUAUCAGAUCAAAGACGGAAAUGUGAAUGGAGCAUUUGACAUCAACCCUAACUCUGGAGUUGUUGUGACCCAUUCGGUUCUGGAUUAUGAAAAUAUUCCAUCAUACAAACUAACCAUUCAGGGAACCAACAUGGCUGGUCUGGCUAGUAACACUACUCUGCUGAUUCACUUGAAGGAUGAGAAUGAUAAUGCACCUGUAUUUAUUCAAGAUGAGUUCACUGGAAUGGUCAGCGAGUCUUCUCCAGUCAACAGUGUAGUCCUCACCAAAGACAACACACCACUUGUCAUCCGUGCUGUAGACACUGACCAUGAUGCUAACUCUAGGCUGGUCUAUCAGAUUGUUGAGCCAUUUGCCCAUAAUUACUUUGCAAUCGACUCUAGCACUGGUGCAAUCAGAACCAUCAGUGAAUUGGAUUAUGAGCAAAGAUCUGUGUUUCGCUUUUCUGUUCAAGUCCACGACAUGGGAAUCCCCCGUCACUUUGCAGAGAAGGCUGCUAACGUGACCAUUGAGAUCCUGGAUGUCAAUGACUGCCCGCCUCAGUUCAGCCAAGAUCUAUAUGAAACCACAGUCUUAGUGCCAACUUACAAAGGAGUGGAAGUGAUCACGGUCAAUGCCACAGAUACCGACUCAGGUCCAAAUUCAAGGCUGUUUUUCUCUACUGUUGAAGGCAAUAUUGGAGAGAAGUUUAAAGUGGACCCGGUCACAGGGGUUAUAACUAUUCAAAAUGUCACUCAGCUUAGAAGCAGGUAUGAGCUCAGAGUAAGGGUGUCUGAUGGCAGGUUUUCUAAAACAGCAUUGGUAAAAAUAAAUGUCAGAGAGAAUAAGGAGAGUAAUCUGAGGUUCACCCAAGAAUCAUACAAGGCCUUUGUACCAGAAAAUUCCUUAGAGAAGAAGAAUUUGGCUGUAAUUGCUGCAGUGGGAAACCAAGUCAAUGAACCUUUGUUUUAUACAAUUCUGAACCCUGAUAAGAGAUUCACAAUAAGCCGUACUUCGGGAGUACUCUCCUCUACAGGCACACCCUUUGAUCGAGAAGAGCAAGCCGUAUUUGAUAUUGUGGUGGAGGUGAUCAGAGAAGACAAGUCAUCUGAUGUAGCCCAUGUCCUUGUGACUGUGAUAAUCGAGGAUGUCAAUGACAACCCACCUGUGUUUGUCAAUUUACCCUAUCAGGCACUGGUGCUGGUUGACACUGAGGUGGGUCACAUCAUCACAAAAGUGACUGCGGUUGAUGCAGAUAUCGACAGAAAUGCUGAGAUCAGCUACCAUAUUCAGGAGCUAAAUGAGUUUGUUCAGAUCAGCAUGGAUGGUGAAAUCUCACUAACAAAGAAGCUUGAAAAGGACUCCCUUAACACUGAAUUUGUAAUAACCGCUGUAGCAAGAGAUGGAGGUGAACCAGCUCUUUCCUCAUCUGUUGACGUGACAAUAAUGGUUGUAAACAAAGCAAUGCCUGUGUUUGAGAAAGCCUUCUACAGUCUGGAGAUCCCAGAGAACAUACCGUUACUAAUGCCUGUUGUACACAUUCAGGCUAAUGACUCUGAAGGCCCUAGAAUAGUGUACACAAUCACAGAAGGAGACCCUCUCAAUCAGUUCUCCAUCAACUUCAAUACUGGCGUCAUUCAGGUUGUAAAGCCUUUGGAUUUCGAGACCCACCCAGCCUAUAAACUCAGCGUAAGGGCCACCGACUCGCUAACUGGUGCCAAAGCUGAAGUAUUUGUUGACAUGAUCUUGGAAGAUGUUAAUGACAACCCACCUGUGUUCCAUACCAAAUUCUACAAUGCAAGUCUUUCAGAAGCGUCAGUAAUCGGGACAUCCGUAUUACAAGUCUCAGCUACAGAUGCUGAUACCGGUAACAACCAAAUGCUCUUUUAUCAGAUUGUUGAAGAUAAAGACAAGAGCUCUGCUUACUUUAGCAUCGAUCGUGACACAGGCACAAUCUGGACAACUCAGAUGCUUGACCAUGAAGAAAACCCCUCACAUAAGCUGAUGAUUAGAGCAGUUGAUGGUGGAGUACCUGCCCUUUCCAGUGAGGUCAUGGUGUUAAUUGAUGUAACGGACCUUAACGACAAUACUCCAGUGUUCUCACAGAAUGUCUAUGAAGCUACGGUCAGUGAACUGGCACCCCGUGGCCACUUUGUCACUCAGGUUCAGGCUUCCGAUGCUGACAACUCAGAUAGUGGUAAACUUGAAUUCUCAAUUAUAUCAGGAAAUGAAGGGCAAAACUUUGCUAUAGAUCCAAACACUGGGGCUAUAGUCAUAUCAAACCACCGGAAACCCCAUAUGGAGUCUCUCUACAACAUCAAUGUGUCUGUAUCAGAUGGUGUAUUCAGAAGUUCAGCCAUUGUGAAGGUCAAUGUUAUUAGUGCUAACUUUCACAAUCCUACUUUCAACCAGGUGGAUUAUGUGGUUGAGCUACUUGAGAACUCACCAGUUGGAACAUUAGUAGCUGAGGCUCAAGCGACAGAUGAGGACUCAGGUACAUAUGGAAGACUCACCUAUCAUAUAGUCAACGACAUUGCUAAAGACAAGUUCUCAAUUUCUGAAGAUGGCGAGAUCUUCACUUUGGAGAGUCUUGACCGAGAGAACCCCCUGGAGAAAGUGAUUCCGAUUUCUUUAAUCGCUAAAGAUGGUGGUGGCAAAGUUGGCUUCUGCACAGUAAAUGUGAUCUUAACGGAUAUCAAUGAUAAUGUCCCACAGUUCAGAGCUGCUGAUUACAGAGUUAAUGUUGCUUCCGACAUGCCAAGAGGAACAACCAUACUUAAGAUUGCAGCGUCCGAUAUGGAUGAAGGUAGUAAUGCAGACAUCACCUAUUCUAUUGAAGGAGACGCAGACAAUGUUGAGGAGAAUUUUGAAAUCCACCAGUUUAGUGGUGUCAUUGUAACAAGGGAAAGCCUCAUUGGAUUGGAGAACCAACUCUACACAUUUCUUGUACGAGCAAAAGAUGGUGGAAAUCCCACCAAGUCCUCUGUUGUUCCAGUCUAUGUCAGGAUUCUUGCUCCUGAGGUCCCAGUGCCAAAGUUCAUAGAGUCCCACUACAGGUUUGCCAUAGAUGAAGAUCUUCCUCUUAGUUCAGAAGUAGAUGUCAUUCAAGCUGAAAGUGAUCAGCCAGUCUUUUACAGCCUGGUGAAAGGGAAUACUCCUGAGAGCAACCAAGAUGAGGUAUUUGUAGUUGACCCCACCUCAGGAUCUUUGAAGCUGGAGAAGAAGCUUGACCACGAGAGCACCAAAUGGUAUCUGCUAACCCUACAAGCACAAAGCGAAUAUGAUGGUAACAAAGUCGUCUCCUCUGUGGACAUUAGUAUCCAGGUCAAGGACGUCAAUGAUAAUCCACCGCUCUUUGAGUCAAACCCUUAUGAAGCUUUCAUUGUGGAGAAUCUUCCAGGUGGCACCUCAGUUAUACAGGUAAAGGCCACUGACCUGGACUCUGGCACUAAUGGCCAUAUGAUUUACAAUCUAGAUUCCAACCAAGAGGCAAGGGACAUUGCAGAAUUGUUUGCCAUUAACAGUGAAACGGGAUGGAUUACCACAUUAAAGGAACUUGACCGUGAGAAGAAAAGCAAGUACACUGUUUCAGUCUUAGCCACCGACCGUGGAGACAAAGUACAGCUGAUGGCCAAAACCAAGGUGGAUGUCACAGUGGUAGAUGUGAAUGACAACCCACCAAGGUUCACAGCAGAGAUCUAUAAGGGCACAGUAAGCGAAGAUGACCCACCUGGUGGAGUCAUAGCCAUUCUUAGCACUACAGACCUGGACACAGAGGACAAUAACAAGCAAAUCAACUACUUUAUCACUGGUGGAGACCCCUUGGGACAGUUUGGCAUUGAGCAUACUCAAGGCGAGUGGAAGGUCUCUGUGCGGAAGCCUCUCGAUAGGGAGGAGAAGGACAAUUACUUGCUGAACAUUACGGCCACUGACGGGACCUUCACAGCCAAGGCUGUGGUUGAAGUCAAGGUCUUAGAUGCCAAUGACAACAGCCCAAUUUGUGAGAAGUCAUUCUAUAUGGAAAGUGUCCCGGAGGACUCCCCUGCCGGUAGGCUGAUCCUGCAGGUCUCCGCCACAGAUGAUGACAUCCGUUCCAAUGCACAGAUCUCGUACGAGCUGCUAGGGCCCGGAUCAGAGCACUUUAGCAUUGACUCUGAGACAGGUGAAUUGAAAACACUGCUCCCUCUGGACCGUGAAGAAAAAGAGGUUCACAAGAUGAAGGUGCGUGCUCUGGAUGGAGGUGGACGCUUUUGUGAAGCAGAAGUUGAAAUCACAGUCGAAGAUGUCAACGACAACGCUCCGCAAUUCACCUCUGACCCCUACACCUUCACUGUGUUCGAAAACACAGAGAUAAACACACCUGUGGCUCGCCUGCACGCCUCAGACCUGGACACAGGUUCUAAUGCAGAGAUCCUCUAUUCACUGCUGGACUCUGCUGAUGGUGUGUUCUCCAUUGAUGAGGAAACUGGCAUCGUGCAUCUGGAUCGUCCUCUGGACCGUGAACUCCAGUCGCUCUACACCCUUCGCGCCUCUGCUACAGACCGCGGGUCCCCGCAGCGUCUCUCUUCCAUCACCACUGUCAGUGUUUCCAUCUUGGACAUCAACGACAACCCUCCAGUGUUUGAGCGCCGCGAGUACACUGCCACCGUCGCUGAAGACAUUCUGGUGGGCACCCAGGUGUUACGGGUGCACGCAGCCAGCCGAGACACAGAAGCAGGAGCAGAGAUUACAUACGCCAUUAUCAAUGGAAACGAGAGAGGAGCGUUCCGCGUCGACCCCCAUACAGGUGGUGUUUUUGUGAUCGAGCCUUUGGACUACGAAACAGCACAUGAGUAUUAUCUCACAGUGGAGGCUACAGAUGGAGGCACACCGCCAUUGAGCGACAUGGCCACAGUGAACAUCAACCUGACGGAUGUAAACGACAACAGCCCCGUCUUCAGCCAAGAUAUUUACUCUGCUGUGAUCAGCGAAGACGCAGAACUGGGAAAGGCCGUGCUCACUGUCAUGGCUGAUGAUGCAGAUGGUCCAUCCAGUAAUCAGGUGCGCUUCUCCAUCAUUGAUGGCAAUCAAGGCAGUCUUUUCACCAUCGACCCCAUCAGAGGAGAGGUCAAGGUGGCCCGCCAGCUCGACAGAGAGAAGACUUCAGGUUACACGCUGACUGUGAUGGCCUCUGACAACGGAAGCCCGGCUCGAUCCAGCAGCUCAACGGUCAACAUAGACGUCUCAGACAUAAACGAUAACUCACCUCUCUUCUCUCAGGCCAACUACAGCUUCAUUAUACAGGAGAACCAGCCAAUCGGUACCAGUGUUCUCCAGCUGACCGUGUCUGACCGUGAUGCCUCCCACAAUGGACCUCCUUUCACAUUUUCUAUCAUCAGUGGGAACGAGGGUGAAGCCUUCCAAAUCACUCCUCAGGGCGUGCUGGUCUCCGCGGCAACUCUGAGCCGCCAGACUCAAGAGUUCUACCUCUUACAGGCCCAGGUAACGGACAGCGGUCGCCCACCAUUGGUCUCCACAGCAUUUGUGAGUGUACGUUUGAUCGAGGAGAGCAUCUACCCUCCUGUCAUUCUUCCCCUGGACAUCUUUAUCACCACAGCAACAGACGAAUAUUCAGGUGGGGUCCUGGGUAAAAUCCACGCCACCGAUCAGGAUGUUUACGACACUCUAACCUACAGCCUCGCACCCGAUAGUUCCUCCACCUCUGAAAACUCUGGCCUCUUCUCCGUCUCCCCUGCUGAUGGGAAACUAGUGGCCCGUGGGAAUCUGGACGCCGGUCAAUACGUCCUUAACAUUACAGUGACAGAUGGUCGCUUUACUGCAGCUGCCCGAGUCAAUAUUCAUGUACGGCAGGCAACAGCACAAGCGCUUGAUAACUCCAUCGCUGUGCGUUUCUCUGCAAUAGCGCCGGAGGAGUUUAUCGGAGAUUAUUGGCGUAACUUUUUGCGGGCUUUGCGGAAUAUCGCCGGUGUCAGACGCGGAGACGUGCAGUUAGUCAGCUUGCAACCUGCUGCUGAUGCCUCCGGUGACCUGGAAGUACUUCUAGCUUUAGAAAGGUCAGGAAGUCCAUUCCAGCCACAGGAAGUGGUGUACAGGAAGCUGAAUGCCUCAGUUGGGGUAAUCGAAGAGAUGACUGGAGUCCGUAUUGUACGAGUUAUGAAGAAACUCUGUGCCGGUUUGGACUGUCCUCUUAGUUACUGCCAAGAGACGGUUUCCUUGGAGACGGGAGCAGUGUCGGCCUACAGCACGGCUAGGAUUAGUUUUGUUACGCCACGUCACAUGCGCACAUCCAAAUGUCUCUGUGAAGGAGCUGAGUGUCCUGUCCUGAGUAAACUCUGUGAGGGAAGCCCCUGUCCUGAUGGCAUGGAGUGUGUAGAAGACCCCAUGCACACCAAAUUCAAAUGCAUCUGUCCUGAGGGAAAACAGGAAGAGUGCUCAGAGCGUCAGUCGUUAACAUUCAGCGGAAAUGGAUAUGCACGGUACAAGCUAAUGGAGAACGAGAAUAAGGAAGAAAUGAAGCUGUUCCUCAGACUGAGAACGUUCUCCACCCACGCCACUGUCAUGUACGCCAAAGGCACAGACUACAGCAUACUGGAGAUUGUGAACGGCCGCCUGCAGUACAAGUUCGACUGCGGCAGUGGUCCUGGUGUGGUGUCCGUGCACAGUACCCAGGUCAGUGAUGGACAGUGGCACACUGUCUCUCUCGAGGUAGAUGGCAACUACGCUAGACUGGUCCUAGAUCAGGUCCACGCUGCAUCUGGCACUGCUCCUGGAACUCUCCGCACCCUCAACCUGGACACCAGCAUGUACUUUGGGGGUCAUGCACGGCCGGCGGCCGGCUCAGGAAGACUUGUGGUAAAUGGGCUGCGGGGUUGUCUGGAGGGGAUUGUGUUUAAUGGGAGGGAGCUGCCGCUGUCUCAGGUUCGAGGGGUUCACUCCGUCCUGGAGGAGCUGGUCGAGGCGGCUCCCGGAUGCAGCUUGGCCCCUCCAGUCCAGGGCUGCUCCAGUAACCCCUGCACUAAUGGAGGCACAUGUUCAUCACUGCCUAAUGGAGGGUAUUUCUGUAAGUGCACCGCUGCGUUCAUGGGCACUCACUGUGAAGUCACGAUCAGCCCCUGUGCCUCUAACCCCUGCCUCUAUGGAGGCACAUGUAUCCCACGAGGAGGAGACUUCUACUGCCAGUGCAGAGGACAGUACUCUGGGCAACGGUGUCAGUUGGGUCCAUACUGCACAGAUAACCCGUGUAAGAACAGCGGCAAGUGCAUUGAUAGCCUGGAUGGUCCCGUGUGUGAGUGUGAACCAGGUUUCCAAGGAGACAGGUGCCUCAGUGAUGUAGAUGAGUGUCUGAAGAACCCUUGUGGCAAUGGUGGUCACUGCCAGAACACGUAUGGCUCCUUCAACUGUAACUGCUCCGCGGGCUACAGCGGGCGGCAUUGUGAACUUCUUUCUGAAAUCCGCAACGAAUUUGUCUCCACCACUUGGAACAUAGGCCUGGAGGAAGUAAUCGGAAUCGUUGUCUUCGUUGCCAGCAUCUUUUUUAUCGUCCUACUGUUCGUUGUGGUUCGCAAGCGCAUUUGCCGGCGCUCAAAAUCCAAAUCUGAUGAGGACGACAAGUUUGGCGUAAGCACAGGAGCCCCGCAUGCCUUCCUUCAGCGGCCGUACUUCGACUCCAAACUCAACAAGAACAUCUACUCUGACAUCCCACCGCAGGUCCCUGUACGGCCCAUCUCCUACACUCCCAGCAUUCCAAGCGACUCCCGCAACAAUCUGGACCGCAACUCAUUUGAGGGCUCGGCCAUACCAGAGCACCCAGAAUUCAGCACGUUCAACCCUGAUUCGGUGCACGUGCACAGGAAGACAGUGGCUGUCUGUAGUGUAGCACCUAACCUGCCUCCUCCCCCACCCUCCAACUCAGUGUCCGAUAGCGACUCCAUACAGAAGCCCAGCUGGGAUUAUGACUACGAUGCUAAAGUAGUGGACUUGGACCCGUGUCUAAGUAAGAAGCCGGUGGAGGACAGUGCCUGUCACCCUUACAACACCAGAGGCAGCAUGUCUGAGGUCCACUCUCUCAGCUCCUUCCAGUCCGAGUCAUGUGACGACAAUGCCUCCCUAGUGACAGUAAUCCACCUUGUCAGCUCUGUUGUUGACUCGGUGGAGAAAGAAGAGUCAUUCUCGGCUCAUGAACACAAGAAACCAAGAGGCUAUCAUUGGGACACAUCUGACUGGAUGCCGAGUGUUCAACUUCCUGGAAUCCAGGAGUUUCCUCAGUAUGAGGUAGUGAAGGCCCCACCCACCAUUUACAGUGACCCCGCCCUGUUGGACACAGACUACUAUCCCGGCGGAUACGACAUUGAAAGCGACUUCCCUCCUCCACACGAUGACUUUCCUUCCCACGACGACUUACCCCCUCCUCCCCCCGUGCCGGAGUACGGGGAUCGCUACGACACAUUGCAGCCAACCACGCGAGCGCUAAACAGCGCCCCCUCUAGUCCUGGAGGAUCUGGAGUACGCCAGCGCCCACCCAUACCCCAACUCUACAGCCUCACCCAAUUCCUACCCCACCACCAUUACUCGUCAGACCCCGAACCUCAAACCAACCCCACCAGCACCAUCACAUCAUCCUCCACCGGAGGAUACCGGCACAGAGGCUUCCCGCUGGGCUAUGGCCGCGACUUCGAUCUCCCCACUGCCGAUAACAUGUCGCUCUCGCUGUACACGUCCACGGCGUCCUGCUCGGACAUGUCCGCCUGCUGCGAGGAGUCAGAAGUGAUGAUGAGCGAUUAUGAGAGCGGCGGAGAGGAGGAGGGAGCACGCUUUCAGAGGCUCAUCAUACCGCUGCUGGACUCUCAACAGCAGCAGCAGCAUACUGAAGUCUGACACUGGAUCCAGAAUAUCAAAAGUGCCUAAAUGAAACCCUGCUACAGGAGACUGACUGUGUGUUCAAACCAUAACCACACCACAUACACGGUACACAAACGUAGUCUUACACUUAACGUAAAUGCCAAACAUCCAAACGCACACAUUGUAUACAUCUGUAUCUCACUCAAGAGGGGUUUUGAAAAGAUGUGCUUAAACAUGUGUUCUCUCCGGUAGCUCUUGUGGGCUGUUAUUAAUAUUAUUAUUAUUUAACAGUAUUGGGGAGAACAUUAGACUUGGCUGUGCCAUUAAAUAAUAUGUUGAUAAUCAUGCACAAGAUCAUGCUGAGAUGUACAAUUUACACAGAAAAAAAUAAGUGAUAUAUUGUCAUGGAUAAUGGGAGAAAAGCAUCAUUUCAAGCAUCAAGGUGAUAUCUGUAUUUGUAUAGAUAUAACCAUGCAAACUGAUUUUUUAUACAAAUCCUCAUUCAUUUGUAAUGUAAAUUUAAAUGUACAGUUUUGAUUUCAAGGUUUUACUAGGUUUUUGUAGAUAUUUUGUGCUUUUUUUUUUCAAAAAAGAAAGGAAAAAGUAGUAUACCAACUCAAAUGGUGUCAUUAUCAGCCUUACUGUAUGUCCAUUCACAAGCAAAGAAAAGAGCAGAAAAUAAUUUUUAAAAAUAAAUAAAAAAUGUCAAGGAUGUGAAUGUGUGAUCAUCACAACACGCGUUCAUUUCUGAAAGGAUGUCUGCAUAUCCUUGUGAUGUGUUAUGUUUUCUUUUUUUAAUUUGUUUGUAAAUUGUGACUUUUGAACAUCUUUAUUUUUUGACCAUGAAAAUGGGACCCAGUAUAUUUAUAGAUUAUUCACAGACAUGUGACUUUUUCAGGGUCUCUGUGUGUGUGAGAGAAAUGCUAUGGUCUUGUUUCAUGAUUUUUAUUAAAUACUGCCACUAGCUUAACUGCUUUACUACUGGCAAUAAAUUAUUCUCUAAAAUGGG